CGCCCCGGGGCCGCGCGCCCGCCGGCCCCGCCCGAGCGGAGGGCGGACCCGGGCCGGGCGGUUGGCGGCUGGACGUUCGCGCCGCUCCCUGGCGCGCGGGCGGUUCCGGCCGAGCCCGACUCUUGCUGUGAGCCAUGUCGGCUGCGGGGGCGGCGGCACGGGGUUUGCACCGAGCCCGGGGCAGGACCCUGGACGCGUUUUCCUCAGAAAAGGAAAAGGACUGGCAAGGACCCUUCUACUUCAUCCAGGGCGCCGACCCCCAGUUUGGGCUGACCAAGGCCUGGACCACGGGCGACUGCGAGCACGGCGGGGACGAGUGGGCCGAGGAGAUCCGGCUGACCGAGCAGGCCGUGCGCAUCGUGAACGCGCUGCAGCCCAGGCCCCGGUUCUUCGUGCUGUGCGGGGACCUCGUCCACGCCAUGCCAGGGAUGCCCUGGCGCCAGGAGCAGACGGAGGACCUGCAGCGGGUGCUGGGGAAGGUGGAUGGCGACAUCCCACUGGUGCUGGUCAGCGGCAACCACGACGUGGGCAACAGCCCCACGGCCCAGACGGUCGCCGAGUUCUGCCGGACGUGGGGUGACGACUACUUCAGCUUCUGGGCGGGCGGCGUCCUCUUCCUGGUGCUCAACUCGCAGCUCUGGCACGACGCCUCGCAGUGCCCCGACCUGCGGCAGGCCCAGGACCGCUGGCUGGACCAGCAGCUGGCCGCGGCGCGGACGCGGCGGUGCCGCCACGCCGUCGUGUUCCAGCACAUCCCGCUGUUCCUGCAGAGCAUCGGCGAGGACGACGACUACUUCAACCUGGGCACCGCCGUCCGCCGCGAGCUGGCCGACAAGCUGGCCCGCGCAGGAGUCAAGGCCGUGUUCUCGGGCCACUACCACAGGAACGCGGGCGGCACCUACGGGAGCCUCGACAUGGUGGUGUCGUCGGCCAUCGGCUGCCAGCUGGGCAGCGACACGCACGGGCUCCGAGUGGUGGUGGUCACGGCCCAGGGCAUCGUCCACCGCUACUACAGCCUGGACGAGCUGGGCGAGAAGGGGCUGGAAGGCGACCUCCUGGACCUGCUGAGGGGGGAGUGAGCCCCCCACCCGCGUCCUGCGGGCGCCCCGUCCCGCCCGGAGCCGCACGGCCGCCCCCGAGCCCGGGAGAGUCGCAGCCACAGUGGUCUUUGGCCUGAAUCAGAGCUGAUCCUGCCGGGAUUCACAAUCAAAAUUUAACUCUCUGCUUCGUCUUUUAAAAAGCUGUA